UUUUUCUUUUCUUCUCUUUGAUUGAUUAGCUCAAGGUUGGCUUUUCUCCAUCGAUGGCCGAGGGUCAUAUACAAAUAGAGGUGGAGGGAUCUGCAAUCCCGCAUGAAAACACCCCUCUGCUUAAAAUUCCAGACCAACCUCAAGAACCAGACCUCCCAGAUGAUCAAGAAAAUGAUAAGGAGACUCUUUUGGAUAAAACCCUCCAAAGAUUAGAUUUUUUUAUGUAUUUCUUGGGAUUUAACCAGUCCACAGUGUGGAGCUUUUUGCUGUCUUGGGGGGUUUUUUUGGUUAUCGGGGUCUUGCUUCCAGUGGUGAUGCUUGAGCUCUCUAACUGUCCAGGGUGUGAAAAGGGUCAGAUCAAGAGUUUUGAGAUUGGAAUAGUGGUUUCUCAGGCUUGUUUGGCUGCUGCAUCUUUGAUAUGCCUUUCUCACGACUUGAGAAAAUAUGGCGUUAGGAAGUUCCUCUUUGUUGAUCGCUACAGUGGGCAUGUGGAGAGGUUCAGUGACCAAUAUGUACAGAAGAUUUCAGGUUCUGUACGCUUACUGGUGCUAUGGGUGCUGCCAUGUUGCCUUUUGAAGACUGCACGUGAAAUCAUCCGAAUUAUGUAUGUUCAUCAUGAGUCAUGGUGGCAGUCUGUUGCAAUUUUGUUAGUUUUCGUGUUUUCAUGGACAUAUGUGACCGCUAUCAUUCUUUCAGCCUGUGUCUUGUUCCAUUUAGUGUGCAACUUGCAGAUCAUUCAUUUUGAUGACUAUGGGAAGCUUUUGGAAAGAGAACCUGAUGUUAUAAUAUUGCUGCAAGAACAUGCCCGCCUGCGCAACUACCUCUCCAAAAUAAGUCACAGAUUCAGGAUAUAUCUUCUUCUACAGUUUGUGAUAGUCACUAUAAGCCAGUUUAUGACUCUGUUCCAGACUACUGGAUACAAUGGAAUCAUUACUUUCAUCAAUGGUGGGGACUUUGCUGUGUCAUCGGUAGUCCAGGUGGUGGGAAUCAUUCUUUGCUUGAAUGCUGCAGCCAAGAUAUCCCACAGAGCCCAAGGCAUCGGAGCACUAGCAAGUAGAUGGCAUGCUUUAAUGGCUUGCAGCGCUGCUGAUGUAUGUCCAUUGAGAACUUCAAAUAGCAUCGGGAAUUUGCAGGCUGCUAAUAAGUUGGGCUCGUUCCAUACCGAUUCGUCAGAAAGUGAUUUGGAGUCGCUCGAUUUUAUCACAGCGCCAACAAAUAUGCAGCUCGCUUCCUACAUGUCUUGUUACCACAAGAGACUGGCUCUAGUGAUGUAUCUGCAGAGCAAUCCAGGGGGAAUCACGAUUUUUGGGUGGACGGUUGAUCGAGGUUUGAUCAACACAAUCUUCUUUAUUGAGUUGUCGCUGGUCACAUUUGUACUAGGCAAGACCAUAGUUGUCACACCAGAGUAGUGCAUAAUCUGUUGUAUCUUGCGCCACCUUUCGUGAUGCCCAAGUUGUAAACGCUCUUGAAUCUAGGCCCUGCGUUUGUCUUCUUCUAUCAAGGGUGCUGAAAUAGGAAGCAAUCAGAUAAGGCAGCCACACACAUAGGAAGUUUGACAGUAGAGUUGCUAUAAAUAAUCCUGGGCGAGUUUCCUACUCGUCUUUGUCUCUUUCCUUUUCGGUUUUCCAGCUGGGAGGAAGAGGCUGCAAGACCCACCUCCAGUGUGAAGUCCCCUGCGAACACUCGUACAAAUUAUCAGUAAAUAAAAAUGAUACUGAUGUUUGCUGUAAGAACAAAUGAAUGGACUUCAUUAAACUCCGUGAAUCAUUUAAACAAUUCAUUUUAUAUCCACUUGCUAGUCACAAUUUGACGUUAAGGAAAGUGGUUUGGGACGAUGCUUUUGACACCAGUACAUCCAGCGGUAGGAUUCAACUCUACUUCCUUACUUGAUAGGCACUCUUGCAGUACCGACUGCUUGUCUCCUAUCCGGUAUAUUUUUGCAACUGUUGAUGAUGGCAGUUUUCAGUUUCUGGCUCAAGAAACGCGCACGCUGAUUGCCCGCCAAUUAUGUUUAAAAUAUGGGAUAAACUAGCCAGAAACCUACAUGCUUUGGGUUAAUGCUUGAAAGGUCUUGUGGGAUGGGGUCCUUAACCAUUUUACCGUCAAAUUACGCCCUAUAUAUUCCAAUUAAAAUGGUCAAGACAAGUUUUUUUUGUUCAUAUUAAUCAUUAGGUCUAACUUUCCAGGUGUUCCUUUCAAAUUGUUCAGAGGGAAUAUUAGUGUCUUUUGGGAUAUCGGGCGAUUUGGUAGAGUAAAUCAUCUCUGUUAAUUAUCAAAAGAUUACAUGUAUUUUAAACUAAAGUUUAAAAAUGUGUAAAACGAACAGCUGUAUACAAUACUACGCGCAUGUGUAACAGAGACAGAAAACUGAUUAGAAUAUUGUGAAAAUGAUGGAAAAGAGAAGCUUGAUAAACAGAAGCGCCUCCUCAGCACCCACUUAGCUUCGAGCAAGGUGAACACCAAGCCUCCUUCCACUGCAACUGAACAGUAGAUCACCCGAAUCUCUAGAGCUUUACUGCCAAAUGCCUUUCUAAAGCAUAUCAUCAUUCACCAAGAACAGGGUCAGAAAUACCAAUAUAGGUCAGGUGUCCUGUCACUUUCAGGUAACCAGCAACUCUUGUCCAUCUUUCCCCAAUUAAAUUACUGCCUCUUCAAACAUCAAGAAUAACUCAACCGAGCCAGGGCAAUACAAUCAGAUCAAGGAUACUCACAAAGCAAUUUCCUCUAAUCUCCAAACCCAAGCUCUCGCUAGCACGAUCAUAUACCUACAGUCACCAUACCUCAUACUAGUCGGCACAUAAUGCACCAAAACUUAUCACCUG